AAAGGAUUUGACAGGAGCUUUGACCUGUGUGGAUGAGGAGGAUCGCGACACGGAGCCGAACAAGUAUGCUCCCACUCCCACUCUCACAAACUCGGAUUUCUAAACUGCUUCUCGAAUAGCCAAAGAGUGGUUGCACCCUGUGUGAAGGAUUAUUGCAACCUGCAAAAAUGGCACAUUUUACGCUCGCCCCGGACUGGUGAAAAACGCCGGGGAACUGAUGGGAGCCACGGACUUAAAUUAAAUCCUCCUCGGUGAAUGCCACUGAGAAUCUCCUACGUGACAGAAACCGAGACCAAGUGCGGAUAUGGCUGACAGGACUGCUCCAAACUGCCACCUGAGACUGGAGUGGGUCUACGGAUACCGGGGACACCAGUGCCGCAACAACCUCUACUACACAGCCGCCAAGGAGAUCGUCUACUUCGUGGCCGGCGUGGGAGUGGUGUACAACACCCGAGAGCACAAGCAGAAAUUCUACCUGGGACACAACGAUGACAUUAUCAGUUUAGCUCUACAUCCCGAGCGUGUGUUGGUGGCCACGGGGCAGGUGGGCAAGGAGCCGUACAUCUGCGUGUGGGACUCCUACACUGUGCAGACGGUGUCCAUCCUCAAAGAUGCCCACAGUCAUGGCGUUGCCUGCUUGGCCUUUGACCUUGAAGGACAGUGCUUGGUGUCCGUUGGUUUGGACUCUAAAAACACAAUCUGCGUGUGGGACUGGAGGAGAGGGAAGGUUCUGGCUGCGGCGCCGGGUCAUACAGACAGGAUAUUUGACAUAUCUUGGGAUUUGUACCAGCCCAACAAGCUCGUAAGCUGUGGAGUCAAACACAUCAAGUUCUGGAGCUUAUGCGGCAACGCUCUCACGCCCAAACGUGGAGUUUUCGGCAAGACUGGGGAUCUCCAAACCAUCCUGUGCCUGGCUUGCGCCAAGGAUGAGGUCACGUAUUCCGGUGCCUUGAACGGCGACAUCUACGUGUGGAAAGGGAUCAAUCUGAUGAGGACUGUGCAAGGGGCGCAUGGGUCAGGGAUUUUCAGCAUGAACGCUUGCGAAGAGGGUUUUGCCACCGGGGGACGAGAUGGUUGCGUCCGCCUGUGGGAUCUCAACUUCAAACCAAUUACUGUCAUUGAUCUCAGGGAAACGGAGCAAGGAUAUAAAGUAGCUAGAAGCGAAAAUAGCAGAGGGCUGUCUGUCCGUAGUGUUUGCUGGCGGGGAGACCACAUCCUGGUGGGCACGCAAGACAGUGAGAUCUUCGAGGUGGUGGUCCACGACCGCAACAAGCCUUUCCUUAUCAUGCAGGGUCACUGUGAGGGCGAGCUGUGGGCGUUGGCCGUGCACCCCACCAAGCCUCUUGCUAUGACAGGCAGUGACGACCGCUCAGUCAGGAUCUGGAGCCUUAUCGAUCAUGCAUUAAUAGCUCGCUGUAACAUGGAGGAGCCGAUCCGCUGUGCCGCUGUCAGCACUGAUGGCAUUCAUUUAGCCUUGGGAAUGAAGGAUGGCUCGUUCACCGUUCUCCGAGUCAGAGAUAUGACAGAAGUGGUCCACAUCAAGGACAGGAAAGAGGCUAUCCAUGAGCUGAAGUAUUCCCCCGAUGGUGCCCAUUUGGCUGUCGGCUCCAAUGACAACUCAGUGGACAUUUAUGGUGUUGUGCAGAGGUACAAGAAAGUAGGAGAGUGCAUUGGCUCCAACAGCUUCAUCACGCACAUGGACUGGUCUACGGACAGCAAGUUCCUCCAGUCGAACGAUGGCAGCGGCAGGAGACUCUUUUAUAGGAUGCCAAGUGGUAAGGAGGUGACCAAUAGGGAGGAGCUAAAGUUGGUUCAGUGGGCAUCAUGGACAUGUGUGCUGGGCCCUGAGGUCAACGGAAUCUGGCCCAAAUAUUCUUCUGUCAAUGAUAUUAACUCAGUGGAUGCUAACUUCAACAAUCAAGUCUUAGUAACAGCCGAUGACUACGGAUUAGUCAAACUUCUACGAUACCCGUGUAUAAAAAAAGGUGCAAAAUGUAAAAAAUAUUUAGGUCACUCGGCUCAUAUUACCAAUGUAAGAUGGUCACAUGACUACCAGUGGGUGAUAAGCAUCGGUGGAGCGGAUCAUUCGGUCUUCCAAUGGAAGUUUGUUCCAGAGAGAAAGUCCAAAGAAGUUCUGCAUAUUGCACCACAAGAGACUUUGGCAGACUCCAACAGCGAAGAGUCAGACUCUGAUCAGUCAGAUGUGCCUGAGAUGGACUCGGAAAUCGAGCAGGAGACUCAGCUUACGUAUAGAAGACAGGUUUAUAAAGAAGACCUACCUCAGCUCAAAGAGCAGUGCAAAGAGAAAGAUCGAGCAAUCGCGUUGAAGAAGAGAGAGCGAGCGCCUGGGAGUGGAUUGAAGCUGCAUUUUAUUCAUGGCUACAGGGGCUAUGAUUGCAGAAGUAAUUUGUUCUAUACCCAGACCGGUGAAAUUGUCUACCAUGUGGCCGCUGUUGGGAUCGUUUACAACAGACAGCAGAACACCCAAAGGUUCUACAUGGGCCACGAUGACGAUAUUCUCUGUCUGGCCAUCCAUCCCCUCAAGGACUUUGUAGCAACAGGCCAGGUUGGUCGAGAUUCCUGCAUCCAUAUAUGGGACCCAGAAACAUUGAAACCGAUGUCUGUGUUGAAGGGUUUUCACCAGCUUGGAGUGUGCUCUUUGGACUUUUCAGCGGAUGGCAAGCGCUUGGCCUCAGUGGGCUUGGAUGACAAUCACACCAUUGUGCUUUGGGACUGGAGAAAAGGGGAAAAGCUCUCAGCUAUGUGUGGAAGCAAAGACAAGAUCUUUGUCGUGAAAAUAAAUCCCUACCUACCUGACAAGCUCAUCACCGCCGGUGUAAAACAUAUGAAGUUUUGGCACAAAGCUGGUGGUGGACUAAUUGGGCGCAAGGGGAGCAUGGGCAAGACGGAGACGAUGAUGUGCGCUGCCUACGGUUGGUCGGAGGAGAUGGUCUUCUCGGGCACGUGCACGGGUGAUAUUUGCAUCUGGAGGGACAUGUUCUUGAUGAAGACCGUCAAAGCCCACGACGGCCCCGUCUUCAGCAUGCACGCUCUGGAAAAGGGAUUCGUGACCGGAGGGAAGGAUGGUAUAGUCGCACUCUGGGAUGACACGUUUGAAAGAUGCCUCAAGACUUAUGCCAUCAAGAGGGCGGUACUAGCUCCAGGCUCCAAGGGCUUGCUUCUGGAAGACAACCCAUCCAUACGUGCCAUUUCUCUGGGCCACGGCCACAUUCUUGUGGGAACGAAGAAUGGAGAGAUUUUGGAGGUGGACAAAAGUGGGCCCAUUACUCUGCUGGUCCAGGGUCACAUGGAAGGUGAAGUCUGGGGUCUCGCCACCCAUCCCCAUCUCCCCUUGUGUGCUACUGUCAGUGAUGACAGAACGCUGCGCAUAUGGGACCUCUCCCCCAGUCACUGCAUGUUGGCAGUGCGCAAGCUCAGGAAAGGUGGCCGCUGUUGCUGCUUCUCCCCUGACGGCAAAGCCUUGGCGGUGGGUCUCAACGACGGCAGCUUUCUCAUCGUCAAUGCAGAUACUUUGGAAGACCUUGUGUCCUUCCAUCACCGCAAGGACAUCAUCACGGACAUUAAAUUUUCUCCAGUUUCUGGCAAGUACCUUGCGGUGGCAUCAGCAGACACAUUUGUGGAUAUUUACAAUGUGAUGAACAGCAAACGGGUUGGAGUAUGCAAAGGGUGCCUCAACUCCAUCACCCACUUGGAUUGGGAUAGGAGAGGGAAACUACUUCAAGUCAAUACCAGUGCCAAAGAGCAGUUUUUCUUCGAGGCGCCUCGAGGCAAGAGGCAGACUAUCCCGGUCACUGAGGUGGAGAAGGUCGACUGGUGUUCGUGGACCUGUGUCCUCGGUACCUCUGUUGAAGGCAUCUGGCCUGUGAUCGGCGAGGUGACAGAGGUGACCUCCGCUUGUCUUAGUCAUGAGAAGAAGGUGCUCGCCACAGGAGACGAUUUAGGAUACAUCAAACUUUUCAGAUACCCCGUUAAAGGCAAGUAUGCAAAGUUCAAACAGUAUGUGGCACACAGCACGCAUGUUACAAAUGUGCGGUGGAGCCACGAGGACAGUCUAUUGGUGACGGCUGGCGGCGGGGAUACGUGCCUCAUGAUCUGGGCCCAUGAGUCCGAGACCCACAGGGAGCUCAGACAGUGUGACAGCGAGGAGUCAGACAUCGAGAGUGAAGACGAUGGAGGUUAUGAUAGUGAUGUCACAAAAGAGAAUGAGAUCAACUAUACCAUCAAGGCCUUAUCCACCAACAUGCGCCCCAUGACUGGUGUAAAACCCCACCUGCAAUUGAAAGAGCCUUCUGUGGAUGAGAGACAAGGUGUGGUCAGAGGUUCCAGACCUCCUGUUAGCAGAGCCCUGCCACUGCCCGAGAAGCUGCAGACCAACAAUGUCGGCAAAAAGAAGAGACCCAUUGACGACCUGGUGUUGGAUCUGGUGUUCGGUUACCGUGGCAACGACUGUCGCAAUAACGUGCAUUACCUGAAUGAAGGGGCGGACAUCAUUUACCACACGGCCUCGGUUGGCAUCGUGCUCAACUUGACCACCUCCUGCCAAAGUUUCUAUGUUGAACACAGCGAUGACAUUCUGUGCCUGACAAUCAAUCAACAUCCGAAAUUCCCCAACGUGGUGGCAACUGGCCAAGUAGGUGACACUGGUGAUAUGUCAGCCACGUCUCCGUCGAUUCACGUGUGGGACGCUAUGACCAAGCAGACGUUAUCGGUACUGCGCUGUUUCCAUUCUGGAGGCGUGUGCUCCGUCAGCUUCAGCGCCACGGGCAAGCUUCUUCUGUCUGUGGGCCUGGACUCGGAACACACCAUCACCAUCUGGAAGUGGCAGGAAGGUGCCAAAGUGGCCAGUCGGAUGGGUCACACGCAGAGAAUCUUCGUGACUGAGUUCCGUCCAGACUCGGACACUCUUUUUGUUUCAGUGGGAAUCAAACACGUGCGCUUCUGGACACUAGCCGGGCGAGCUUUGCUUAGCAAGAAAGGAGUGCUGAGCUCCAUCGAGGACGCCCGAAUGCAAACCAUGCUGUCUGUCGCUUUUGGAGCGAAUAACUUAACAUUUACAGGUACCAUAAGUGGAGAUGUAUGUGUGUGGAAAGAUCACAUUCUUGUAAGGAUAGUGGCCAAAGCUCACACGGGCCCCGUGUUCACCAUGUACACAACCUUGAGAGAUGGCCUCAUUGUCACUGGAGGCAAGGAAAGGCCGUCAAAGGAAGGAGGAGCUCUCAAGCUCUGGGAUCAGGAGUUGAAACGAUGCCGAGCUUUUCGAUUAGAAACCGGACAGGUUAUUGAUUGUGUGCGGUCUGUCUGCAGAGGAAAGGGUAAAAUCCUGGUUGGAACCAGGAAUGCAGAGAUCAUUGAGGUCGGGGAGAAGAAUGCGGCAUGCAAUAUUUUAGUGAACGGUCACAUGGACGGGCCAAUUUGGGGAUUGGGGACACAUCCGACUAGAGAUGUCUUUCUGUCUGCUGCGGAGGAUGGGACCGUUCGACUAUGGGACAUUCCGGAGAAGAAGAUGCUGAAUAAGGUGAACUUAGGUCACCCGGCAUGCACCAUCAGCUACAGUCCUGAGGGAGACAUGGUGGCCAUCGGCAUGAAGAACGGAGAGUUCAUCAUCCUGCUGGUUGCGUCUCUCAAAAUCUGGGGCAAGAAAAGAGACCGCCGUUCCUCUAUCCAGGAUAUUAGGUUCAGUCCAGAUUCCCGCUACCUGGCCGUCGGCUCUUGCGAAAGCGCCGUGGACUUCUACGACCUGUCACUCGGGCCGCAGUUAAACCGCAUCAACUGUUGCCGGGACAUCCCCAGCUUCGUCAUGCAGAUGGACUUCUCUGCGGACAGCAUGUACAUCCAAGUAUCCACUGGUGCUUACAAGAGGCUGGUGUAUGAGGUGCCGUCGGGGAAGCAGAUCACGGAGCAAACCCACAUUGACAGAAUUACCUGGGCCACCUGGACCAGCGUCCUCGGCGACGAGGUGGUCGGCAUCUGGUCGCGGAACACAGACAAAGCAGACGUCACCUGCGCCUGCGUGUCCCACUCAGGCCUUAACGUCGUCACAGGCGAUGACUUUGGAAUGGUCAAACUCUUUGACUUUCCAUGUCCGGAGAAGUUUGCAAAACAUAAACGCUUUUUGGGCCAUUCGGCUCACUUGACAAAUAUUCGCAUCACAAAUGGAGACCGCUUUGUGGUGAGCGCUGGUGGAGAUGACCGAAGCCUCUUUGUGUGGAGGUGUGUCCACGCCCCCCAUUGAAGGUGACAUCCUAACCAACUGGCUUGUCGCCUCCCGCCGUGUCUCUCCAGUCAAGCGUAAAAGCUGCAUUUAAAAAAAAAGCAGGAGCAGGCCUGGCGGGCCCCAACGUGAGGAAUAAGUGUGACGCUAACUUACUGCCUCAAAACUUGGUGCAUGCACAUGUGCACAUUAUGGUGUGAAUUGUGAACAAAAGUGGCAUGCAUUCAGACCAACUCACAACAUAAUUUAAAUAAAUUUAAAGUUCAUUUUAUAUGUACUUAUUCACUGAAGUAGUGGUCCCAUUUGGAACAUUUGAUGUUAAACCACUCAUCUUGGCCACGUUAAAAAAAAAAAAAAAAAAAGUAAGCUUGCAAGAGAGCAAAUUACCACAGACUGAAGAAACGGAGCCUAAAACUUCAAAAAGACAGAUGCGUUUAAAAAACUGAUUUAAGGGAUGAUUUUGUGGGAUGAGUACCGUAUUUUCCGGACUAUAAGGCGCACUGGACUAUAAACCGCACCAUUAAUGAAUCAUGUCCGAUUUUUUAUCUAAAUCAAAUCAUUCUCCAUUUUAUCUUUUUUAUUUCAACUUCAGACGCAACAAAUUACUUUAUAAUCA